CCGAAGGACCACAACGACAAGAUUCCCCCACACAUUGAAUAUGGACGCCAUCGCCCGAACCCUACGGCCCAACCGCUUCCUCCUCCACAGCCUAAACCCCACGCGACGAUGCUACCAUCGGGGACUCGCCCCGGUUGCCUCCUUAGCUACUAGACCAGCUCUCCAUCUCCGCCCCAGUCCAACAUCCCCUCUCCGCCGGCCGACCCAAACUCCCUUCCUACCCACGCGACUCUCAUCGACAUCCACACAAUCGCAGCCAGCACCGAAAUUCGCAGACGGGGUGGAUGUAGCGACGGCGAAGGAGGGGGUCGACGCGCUGUGCGAGCAGGGAUGGGUGCUGGAUGGGGAUGGGGCGGGGUUUAAGAAGACGUUUUAUUUUCGGUCUUAUUUUAAGGCUGUUAGUUUCGUCAACGUGAUUGCUUCGCAUAGUGCGACGAAGAAACAUCAUGCUACUAUGACUGUUCGCAUCGGCUCAGUCGACGUCCACUGGACGACUCACCACCUACGCGGUCUGACGGAGAAAGAUAUCGGGAUGGCGCGGGUUUGCGAGGACGCGGCGGAGUUGAUGGGGGUUGUGGAGGAGGGGAGGGGGAAGAAGUGUGGGUCUGCUUGAUUUGUAGCUUAGGUGGGAGGUAGUGUUGUAUCUCUCCGUACCUGGGGAUGGAUGUGGAUGUGGACAGUGUAUGAUAUGGACCUAGGAGGAGAUGUGUAUAAUAUGGUCGAUCUUCAUGUGAUUGUAUGAUUCGUGUUGUAUUUUAGUCAGUAAUCCAGGGAACUUAGUGAACG